AUGGACAACCGCGGUGAGGUAUGGAAGGCGAUAAUCAUUAUCAUUCCUUGUAUUGGUGCCACCCUUAUCGCAGUGAGUCGGAUUAUGGACGCGAGGCACCACCCCUUCGAUGUGAUCACCGGCUCGCUUCUGGGCAUUGUCUGUGCCUACAUCGCAUACCGCCAGUACUUUCCCUCAAUCACAGAGCCUUGGAAAAAGGGACGAGCGUAUCCGAUUCGGUCUUGGGGUAGGGAUCCGGUCGUCCCAAGCGAAGCUGCCCCUCUUGUGACCACCAACGAAAGCACUGUGGCUCUGCGGAAUCCCGAGGAGGAACGACUCAAUGCAUCUGGUGUACCUGACACUAGAGACCCUACUCAAUUACGCGCAUCAAGGUAUAUGCCUCCAGCUAACAACCCAUACGCCACUAAUAUGUAUGGCCGCGAUGACGACGGACAUUGGUCGUCUUCAAGUGAGGAUGUUGCCGAUGGAUAUGAAAUGCAACAUGGUUACGCUCGGACACAGAAUCCGACAUACGGCGGACAGCUUCCUCGCUACGAGACUGAUACAUCAUAUCACUCCCAGAUGCAACCCCAAGUUACAGGAGUCAGCGUGUCCCAUCCACCGCCGAUAACGACCAUUCGCUCUGAUGGUGAAAGGGAAUUGACGGACGUGCCACCGCGAGCAUUUUAA